ACUGCACAGCAGUUUAUUUUCUUGAAUCUUGAAUGGGACGGAAAGAAGUGAUUAUGAGAUUAUCAUAUCAUAUGUGAUAAAACUUACGGUACUCGUAGCUUACACGACGCUGCUUUGUCAACUAGUUUGUUUCCUUGUAAGUCCUGUAACUCCUGUUUAACCGUUUCGCCCACAGACUGGCAUAUUCCUGUCAUCCAAAAUGGCCAAACUCGCUCCGGUGGUGUGCCUGCACAACGGCCGUUCCAUGCCCAUCCUCGGUCUGGGAACAUACAACGCCAAACCCAACGAAGUGCGCACCGCCGUGGAGACGGCCAUCGACAUCGGGUAUCGGCACAUUGACACGGCGUACCUGUAUCAGAAUGAAACGGAGGUGGGAGAAGCCGUCCGCAACAAGAUCCAGUCGGGGCUGGUGUCGCGCGAGGACCUGUUCAUCUGCACGAAGUUGUGGUCGCACUUUUACCAUCCCGACAAAGUGCGACGCGGGGUGCAGAAGUCGCUGGAGAAUCUCAAUUUGGGAUACAUCGAUUUGAUGCUGCUGCAUGCUCCGGUUGCGAUGAAAUAUGUGGAUGACAAUACCACGAUGCCACAAGACGCGACGGGAAAAGUGUUGGUGGAAAAGCACACCGACCACGUUGCAUUAUGGAAGGAACUGGAGAAAGCAGUGGAUGAUAACGUGGUGAAAGCGAUCGGAUUGUCGAAUUUCACACCGGCGCAGAUUGACAAUAUUCUCCAGCAUUGUCGCAUCCGUCCAGCUGUUCUGCAGGCGGAAGGGCACGCGUACCUGACGCAGAAACCAUUAAUGGACUACUGUCGACGCAACAGCCUGGUGCUGGUGGCCUACGCCCCGCUGGGUUCGCCGCGUGUACCCCGUCCAUUCCGUUCUGAUGAGGAGAGCGCCAAGGAACCGGUGCUGCUGCAGGAAGCCAUCGUCACGAAACUGGCUGACACCUACAAAAAGACUGCUGCGCAGAUACUGCUCCGGUACCUGGUUGACAGCGGCUGGGUGGUUAUUCCCAAAAGCUCCACCGCAGCGCGGAUUCGAGAGAAUUUUGACAUCUGGGACUUCCAGCUCAGUGCUGACGACGUGAAACAGUUAGACGGCUUGAACAGGGAUUUCCAUUAUUACAAAUUUGAAUUUAUGGAAGCAUCAGAUGAUUAUCCAUUCAAAUAAGCCUUGAUAGCUUCGACUUUUGCCGCAGGACCGAAUGCCAUGGAUUCCAUUACAACACGAGCUAUAUUUUCAUUCUACCACAAUGCAGAUUGGCUUUCUUUUUGGUUAUUCGAGUUUUAUUUCUGUUAAUAGUCUUGCAUGCCUGUGUUCGUUUGUCUUUCUGACAAGGUUAGUAUUAUUCAGGCUACUUACUAUUCCCUGUUACUGGGUUCGCGUCGGUUCUGGUGUUACAAACCGGAUGAUCUACAGUACUUUAAGAAUUUUCUUAAUAUAUGAAGGAUUUUUUUAUGAAUUUUUAUGAAAUGAUUUUAUGCAUAGGGUGUUUCUCAGUACGUAUUUGAUCGCGUCAUAUUUUGCAUUAGUUUUAUAAUUGUUUUUUGGCAACGUUUUGCUUCCAGAUUCCGUGGACUUUGAUACGAUAAAACUCAGCAAGCUG